CCCUGUAUGACUCCUCUCUGUUCUGUGACAGCCUCCUCUUCUCCACUGUGUUCAGCGGAUGUUUGCCUCACAGACUGAGGGGGAGCUCAGAGUGACCCAGGUUCUUAAAGAAAAAUUUCCUCAAGCUACAGCUAUCAAAGUCACUGACAUUUCAGGAGGCUGUGGGGCGAUGUAUGAAAUCCAAAUCGAGUCAGAAGAAUUUAAGGAGAAGAGAACUGUCCAGCAGCACCAGAUGGUAAAUCAGGCACUAAAGGAAGAAAUCAAAGGGAUGCACGGAUUACGGAUCUUUACCUCUGUCCCCAAGCACUGACCACAUCUGCUGUAUAGAUGCUGCUGCUUAAAACCUUGGAUGAACUUGACUGACGCCAUGCUUUCCAAGGAAUUUGCCAAAAAUGUAUCUAUUUUGUUCAUAGAUAUUUCCGUAUUAUAAUUAUAGAGGAAUAUGUUAUCUAUUUAGAUGUUAAUUAAAGACAACAGACAACUGAA